CUGUUAUCCACUUCUUAUUAGUAUCGGCUCGUUGGGCUCUUCAGAAUCAGGGGAGAGGCCCGCCAUAUAUUCCAAACCUGCCCCGAAAUGCCCGCACCCUGAACCCUCUUCAUCCGGAUGACCGACAAAAACCCUAAAACCGAGUAACCAACUUUUCCUUCCUUCAUUGGCGUUUGAUCAUGGACGACACUCAAAUUGAAGCGGGAGAAAACAACAAAGACAUUGAGGUUGCCCCGGCCUUGAUUAGUGUUCAUCCCAACCAGAAUUCUGUCGCAGUCGCAGUCGGAUCGGACCUCCGCAUCUUCGACCUCCUAGGUGGUCGCGGGGUAUCUUUGGUGGAUGAUUCUGCUCAGCCUUUCCAUAAGGAUUCAAUAAGAGCCAUUCGAUAUAGUCCAAAUGGGAAGCUUCUUGUAUCCGCCGCUGAUGAUAAGCUUGUCAAGAUAUGGUCAACCGACUCUUGGCGCUGCAUUAGUUCUGUUUGCGCAGAGAAAAGAGUGAGUGCAGUUGCUAUAAGCAAUGAUGGGCUGUAUGUUUGUUUUGCUGAUAAGUUUGGAGUUGUUUGGGUGGUGGGUCUGCAUGAGCUUGAUGGAAAUGAAUCUUUAGUUAAUAGAAAGGCAGCACCCUUGCUUGCUCAUUAUUGCAGCAUCAUUACUAGCCUGGAAUUUUCACCAGAUGGACAAUUUAUUGUUAGUGCAGAUCGUGACUUUAAGAUCCGUGUAACUGUGUUUCCAAAGAAGCCCUUAGAUGGAGCUCAUGAGAUACAAAGUUUUUGCCUUGGUCAUACAGAGUUUGUCUCCUGCCUUGCCUUUAUUUGCACAGUGGAUUAUUUCCUGGGGUUUCUUGUUUCUGGCAGCGGUGAUUCUACGGUUCGCUUGUGGGAUAUUACAUCCGGGUCACUUCUUGAUACUUGUGAAGUUGGUGCUAAGUCAGGACUUCUAGAGUCAAAUGGAGGUGAUGAGGGCUGUUAUACUGUCUCUGAUCUGUGCACAAUUCCAGAUGGUAAUCUCAUUGCAGUGGCCAUUCAAGGCUUGCGAGGAGUAAUGCUGUUAUGCUGUGAGCUUUCUUCCAAAACUCUGAAUGCCAUCAAGGUGGUUUCUAUUAUGGGAGAGAGCUUCAUUCCUACAAGCUUGGGGAGUGGCUCUGAUGCAGAAUUACUAUGGAUGGUAACUGGUGUCUCAAAAUUGAGUGGUUCUGAUUGUGAUUCUUUGGCUCGAGUGAGGGUUCUUUCUGGAUUUAAGAAAAGCAAUCCUGAUUCUGAUGGGCAUGAGCUAACUUUGUUGGGAGAUGAUGAACUACCUGGAUCAGUGAAACUACUAGAGAAGUUGCAGGGAAGUGUGACAAUCGAGGAAAAUGUUUUCUUAGCAGCUGCUGAAGCUGUAAAAACAGCAAUGUGCAAUUUGUUAAUUAAGAAGCAGUACACCAUGGAGAAGAGAGAAUUUAGAAAGAGAGGUAGAAAUGAUAGGAAAAUCAAACAGUGACAGGAUCAGCAGUUGUAACAAAUGUUCUGUCCGCUGAUUCAUGGAUUAGAGACAUCUGAGCUUGAGUUAUUUUUGUAGUUGCUUAGGUUUAGCUGUUAUUUAUUUUGCAACAAUAUUAGUAAACUCGAAGCUGCAUAAAUCAUUGCAGCUUUCUGGGUUGAAACUUGAAAGAGGAAUGAUACUUGUUAUGAUUUCUGAUAA